AUGCGCUAUCUUCUGGCGCUCGUCGCGGCGUUCCUGCCCGCGAUCGGUGCGAGAGUGCUCGACGCCUCGGUCUCGGCACUCUCGGCCCCAGCCCCAGCUGCGCAGGUCUUGGCCAGCGGCGCAAACAACACCAUCCCCAUGCCCCCGCAAGGCAUCUACCCGUUCAUUAUCGGCUGCCCCAUUUUCCAAUUGACGCCGACGGUGCUCGGGCCUCCAUCCCAGACUUGGAACAUGACGUUCUCGGAAAUCGAUUCCUCAAAGUUCGUUCCCGGCAUGAUCGGUCUCGGUCAAGCGCAGUACAGCACGACCAAGAAUGGGACCGGGACAUCCGGUGCAAGCGUCACGGUCUGGUUUGUUGGGACGGGUAUUAGUAUCCUGGGAUCCGCUGGCUUCUUCGACGUGUUCGACUGGCGGAUUGACGGUGGUGACGCCACCAAUCCUGUCGGCAGCAACUCCGGCAACCAGGAUGUCGGGUUUGGGUGGGCAGCCGAGGUGGCGUGGGCACGCGGCCUGGACUGGGGCUUGCACAACGCCACCGUAGUUGUGCAGACAACGGAAAAGGGGGUCGUACUGCGAGAAGUGAUGAUUCAGACCGGCAUACAGGGCGCGUUCCUUACCGAUACCCCCUCCGACAAACAACGCCUAACCUUGGCCGCCGUCGACGGUACUGGUCCCAGCACGUCAGUCGCUGUGACGGGCAAGUGGGAACCCUUCACUCCUGACGAGGGGGACACUCCCUUCCCUCCAAGCGGCUACACGGUUCUGCGCACCAAUGCCACUGGAUCGCUUCGCUAUGUCCUGCCAAAAAACACCACCUACGUCGAGGUCUGGGGGUCCACAGGGUACCAGUUUUCGACAUACUCUGUCACACUUUACCCGCCGCCUCCAUUCAAUCCCCCUGUUCUCAACUUCUCAGCUAGUACAGCAUACUACGUGCCAUAUUACAUGCUGUAA